AUGGCGGAUAAAGAGACUGAACCUCACGAGCCGGAUGAAGAUGUGGAAGCAGAGGAGGUACAGCACACACAUUGUGCAACCGAUCUGGAAGAGGAAGACGUAAAAGAGCUAAAUACUGUCGUUGAUAAUGAUGAUGACCACACUCAACCUGAGCGUUUUCUGGAAGAGUCUACAAAAAAACCUGGUUCAAACACAGAAGCCACAGAUGUCCUUGUGCAGACGGACAACCCUAAACUUAUCGAUUUAGACAAGGGGGACUGUGAAAAUGAUCGGACGACAAAUAUUUUACAUUGUGAUGCCCACCCACGGCUAAAAGCCGAUACAUCAGACAUAGAUGGACCACCGCAAGAAAUAUUAAAGGAUGAAUCAGAGCCCACCUCGGAUUCAACAGCUGAAGAUGCAGCUGAAACACCGGUACAAGCAGAUGAUGAAAUCAGUUUGGAAUCAGGGCUAGAAAAUUCAAAGCCGUUGCAACAGGAAUCCUCUGUUUUAGAAGAGCCUAUACCAAACAGGGAUGUUGAAACAAUUGGUCCUGCACCUCAUGCAGAGUUGGCUCCUGUCUCUCAUGUCCCUGUUACUCUUGAAGACAAUAAAAGAAGAAAUAUUUGGAUUGUUAUUGCACUAGUUGCAGUUGUCGCUGCUCUUUUACUACAAAUCCUUCAGCCCGAAUCUCCGGCACAGAAAAAUGAUGUCCAACCAUUAGACAUCUUUCGUUUAGAAAUGGAAAAGGUGAAGAUCCAAUUCCCCAGUCAGCGUGAGGAGUUAUGGAAAAGAAGCAGGAUCCAUUUGCAAAGACAUUUCCUGAUGAGCCAGCCCACUGAGCCGGUCAGCAUAAUUCUAACCGCUGGUGUGCGGGCUGAAGGCACACUUCGCUGUCUGGCUCAGAACCUUGCUUCUGCCUUGUCCGCAGCUCUCAAUGCCUCUGCUCUUCACUUAGAGGGAGCCAGCAAGUCCAGCCAGGACAGUGACCUGGUCAAAGCAGACAUCGACAGCCAGCUGCAGAAAGCUUUUGAAGGGGGAAAACCUAUUGCUGUUAUUCACCGUUUUGAGGAGCUUCCUCCAGCUUCCACCUUAAUCUUUUAUCGCUACUGUGAUCAUGAGAACGCAGCUUUUAAAAAGACAUUUUUAAUCUUCACAGUACUUCUUGGGGAAGAGGAAGAGAUCCCUUCUAAGAUUCGUCUGAGUGAAGUAGAAGAGAUGCAAAGUUGCGCAGCGCCACGAAGCAACUUGUCUGGGGAUGAAGAGCAGGAGAGGCGCACACAGGAGAGCGUUUUGUCUCAGCUACUGGGUGAUUAUGACAAAGUGAAAGCCAUCUCGGAAGGCUCUGACUGUGGCUGUAAAUGUGUUGUCAGACCGCUGAGCAGAAGCGCGUGUCGGCGGAUAGAAGAGGGACAAGCGCGCCUGGAGGACUUCUACACCGUGGAGACCAUCACAAGCGGACCCGAGUGCAAGUGCGCCUGCAUCGCCCCUCCGUCUGCUGUCAACCCCUGCGAGGGAGAGCACAGACUCAAAAAACUGGCACAGGCUGCAGGACAGAAUGCCAAGCUGUCGACCAUCCUGGACUUACUUGAAGGGUCUCUAUAUGGGCUGGACCUUCUGAAGCUGCACUCUGUCACCAAUAAGCUGCUGGAGCGGAUGGAUCAUAUUGAAAAGGUGGUGGUGAACAACUCUGAUCAAGAAGCACAGCCUCAAGAGAGCCCUCCUUUGCAGGCAGAUAUCAUGGACAGCGCACCAACUCCAUCUGUUUAUGAAAGGCAAAAUAAGAAAUCAAUGCAUAAAAGAGUAAUUGAUGAUAAAACAGAGUUUGUAGAAGAAAGUCCUUCUGUCGUUCACACUGCGGUGGAUGCUGAAGUCAUUGAGAGGAACUCCCAGGAGACUCCUAAACGCAAAGUGACACAGACAGGACCCAAAGGACUCAUAAUCCGAGGAAUGACUUUCUACAAAUCUGACUCAGAUCCGAUGGUAGCAGAUGAUGGUGAACCUGGAGAAAACUUGUUUGAGUACGACAGCUUCAGCGGAGAUGGCCCCAUCAACUUGUUUAUUGAGGAGAAUCUUCUUCAACACAAAACCCCACGCUCCAGAACCAGACCAGGACAAAGGACAUUUAAGACUGAGUCGCAAUUUGGCAGAAACCGGGGAAACAUGAUGGAAUCUACUGCCCCACCGCUCGAAGACCAACCCUCCACCACCAGUCCAAGAACUGCUCCAACUAUGGCCCCAAACCUGGAGUCAACACCAGCUCCGUCUACACAAACCAGUAAAGAUGAAAUAUCUCAAACAGUUUCCACACAGCCUUUGACCCCGCUGACCCCCAGACACACCCCACCACACUCAACGGCACCUGGGACCACUACAUCUUCAGCCAGAACUGUUACUACCACUUUGUUGUCUUCGGCUGCUGCUAAAACGGCUCCAGGCGAGACGAGGAAAAACAGCCAAGUUCACAUAAGAAAACCAGCUGAUUGCAAAGACACUCUGGCCACUAUCUCUGAGCCGGUCUCUCACAACACGUACGGCAAGAGCGAGGGCGCCUGGAUGAAGGAUUCAAAGUCUGACAACGACAAAAUAUAUGUCACAAACUACUUCUAUGGGGACAACCUUCUGGAGUUUUCCAGCCUGGAGGUCUUCAAACAAGGCCAUUUCACUAACUCCUACAAACUCCCAUACAACUGGAUUGGCACCGGUCACGUGGUUUAUAGAGGGGCUUUCUACUACAACCGCGCCUUCUCUCGGGACAUCAUCAAGUUCGACCUCAGCCACCGCUUCGUCUCCGCCUGGACCAUGCUGCACGACGCAGCCUUGGAGGAGUCCUCCUCCCCCUGGGAGUGGAGCAGCUACUCCGACAUCAACAUAGCCGUAGACGAGAGCGGGCUGUGGGUGGUCUAUCCGGCUCUGGAUGACGAGGGAUUUCUCCACGAAGUGGUGGUGCUGAGUCGUUUGAAUCACGCAGAUCUAAGCAUGCAGAAGGAGACCACAUGGAGGACCGGGCUCAGGAGGAACCAGUAUGGGAACUGCUUCAUUGUCUGCGGGGUUUUGUACUUUGUGGACAGUUACAACCGUAAAGAGGCCAACCUGGAGUACGCCUUCGACACGCAUACCAACACGCAGAUGAUUCCCAGAAUGCCUUUUACUAACAAGUACACAUACACAACACAAGUAGAGUAUAAUCCUAAAGAGGGAGUGCUAUAUGCGUGGGACAAUGGACAUCAAGUCACGUACAAUGUGACGUUUGCAUAUUUUGAGCCUUGA